UUAGAAAUGCAGCUUUGGAACAUUCUUUUAAUUCAGCACGUAUAUGCAAUAGAGGUAAUUUUGGAUAUCGAUUUUGAAAAAGUUGUUUUUCAAGUAGAAAAAGAAUUUUUAUCUUUAACAUUUGAUGCAAGCUAUUUCAGAAGGCAGUCACGCCUUGCUGAUUUCAAAUCAAAAAAAUUGCUUACUCUAGCUAAAGCACUAUCAUCUGAGGGUGAGUUUUAUUUACGAUUUGGCGGUACCUCUGGAGAUUCUCUAAACUUUAAAGCCAGUAAGAUUUCCUAUAAUAAAAUCGAGUUUGACGUUCUCAUGAACUUUGUAAACGAAGCUAAAUGGAAACUUAUAUUUGGACUAAACGUUUUAAAUCGCUCUCCAGAUGGUAAUUGGAAUUCUUCAAACGCAAAACAUUUAUUGAAUCAUAUUGUUGAUAUGAACUACAACGUGAACUUUGAACUUGGAAAUGAGUAUGAUUUAUUUCCCCGCCAUUUAAAUAUUACCUUAAAACCAGAACAGCUUGCCGUAGAUUUUAAAAUGUUACGCAAAAUUCUUGAUGAAAUUUUUAUACAAAAACAAAUAAAACUAUUUGGUCCCGAUGUCGCAAAUAUAAAUCGCAUUUAUUUUUUUGAAACUUUUUUAAAAUCAAUUGAUGAAGGUAUUUUAGACGGAGUAACUUUUCAUCAUUAUUAUUCAUCAAGUGGUAUAGUAAAACCAGAAAGCUUUACAAAAAUAAAAUAUCUUGACAGUUUUAUUGAUUAUGGACUCAAAGCAAUUUCGAUUGUAAAAAAAUCACUAAGUCAUUGGUACAAAUUUCCUCAGGUGUGGAUUGGAGAAACAUCAAGCACUUACGGUGGAGGAAGCAAAAUUGCUGGAAACAGUUUUGCUGCAGGAUUUCUCUGGCUAGAUAAACUUGGAUUAGCUGCUCAAAUGGGAAUAAGUGUGGUUUUAAGGCAAUCAUUCAAAGGUGGAAAUUAUUCAUUAGUUGACGCCAAAUUUAACCCUACACCAGACUAUUGGAGCUCGUUACUUUAUAAAAGACUAGUAGGGCAAAAAGUGUUGAAACUUACUGGGUUUUUAGAGCAUGGUAGAGAUAUAAGAAUGUACGCGCAUUGUACAAACGUUAAAAAUGGCGCUUAUAAAUCUGGUUCGGUUGUUUUAAUAGUCAUAAAUAUUAAUGCCAAAGAAAAUGCAACUAUUAAUUUUAAAAACAACACAGUUUCUGUUGAUCAAUAUUUACUUACACCAUCUAAUGGAAACAUAGCAGAUGAAAUGGUUUCUCUUAAUGGUCACAUUUUAACGAUGAAUAAUGAAACAACAUUGCCUGUUCUAAACCCAAUAAAAUCUAAUUUUCCAUUGUACAUGCCUCCAUUAAGUUAUGGGUUUUUUGUUUUAACUAACUCUAAUGCUAAAGUCUGUUGAUGUUGAUAUAUAAACAAAGUUUCUUUUUCA